UCAGUUUCCUUCCUUUCAGUGUGAAUGCCUAUUAACAGGCCCUUGUAACAGCAGCAAGUAAUCUGGAAAUAAACGUUUUUAGUUAUGAUAUGUCCAUGCAAGUUUAUCUGGAACCACGGAUGAGUAGUGGGGAUGCUGCUUGUAUAUGAUGAGCAGUUCGGAAGGGUACUUUUUUUCUAGUUCUGAUGUGAGGUCAGAUAUUCUGCUACUGGGACAAUCACUGUAAAAGUAGAUCGACUGGGGAAAGGGGCAAGUUGAUAGUCCUCUGGAUUGUUCCUUUACUGUUCCUCUACUGGUUUCUAGGUUUAUUGUUCUUUUGUUACUUGUGGUUUUGUUACUUUGUGAUUUCACUAAUUUGUUAGUAUUGACUAUCAUAUUUUCUGAUCUAGUUCUUUUCUUUUCCUAUCUGCGUUAUUUUAAUACUCUCAGUAUGGAUUCCUUAGAAGUCUAUAUUUGUUGUGUCUCUGUUCUGCCUCACUUAUGUUUUGGUAUUUCAUUUGUGUUCCUGAUGGCUUUUUUUGCUGUCAGCAAAACUAAUUUUGCCUUCUAAUUCAUCUUUUUUUUGCCCUGUGUUCAGGGUACCAGCAGUUUUUUCCUCCACCUUCGUGAAUAUACUUAUGUUCCUUGGUGGCGCCCCCCCCCCAUUUUUUUUCUUUCCAUCCUAUUUGGUUUGUUUGGCUUGUUUGCAGUACGUACUUGGCAAACCCUCUUUCUCUCACCUUUAAAUGCCUCUUCCAAGAAUCCUUCAUACCGCGUCUUGUUUUCAGCCCUCUGUGUGCUGUUUGUCUCUUCUUGUUUUUUUUUUUUUAAUUUUUGCAAGGCAGCUAACUUGUUUUCUAGACUUUAAAGCUAGAUACAAGUUGUAAAAUUGAUUGUGAAAGACUUUCUUCCAUGCCCAUCACCUUCAUGUUAUGCUGGUUGAUAAUUUGAGUUAAUAAAUGUACCUUCUAAAAGGCUUUAUCUUGGAUUUAAUGGAUUUCAAAAACUGUCGUACUUGUUAAUGAGCUAUGUACAAGGACCAGAUUUGUGCUUAAGUGUCUAUACAGAUUAGGUACUUGAGACGUGGCAGAAGUCCUAAAGUAGUUAACUAAAUCUAUGCCCUGAUUUGGGCCUGUAUACUAACUAUUUAUAUUUGCAGUAGUAUAAAGACGCAAAUUUUUCUUGUUGUCUCCAGUGUGUGAAUUUAAUAUGAUCCUGUAGACUAGUUGAUAUAUGGGAACAAGCCUAAAACACAAUUUUAAUCAAAAUAUCUACUUUUUUUCUAUAGACGGAAAUCGCCAAGAGAUUGAAUACAAUCUGUGCACAAGUCAUCCCAUUUUUGUCUCAGGAACAUCAGCAGCAAGUGGCCCAAGCUGUAGAACGUGCUAAGCAAGUGACCAUGGCUGAACUGAAUGCCAUCAUCGGGCAGCAGCAAUUGCAAGCUCAACAUCUUUCCCAUGGCCAUGGACCUCCAGUGCCUCUAACACCACAUCCAUCAGGACUUCAGCCUCCUGGAAUCCCUCCGUUUGGAAGCAGUGCUGGCCUUCUUGCCCUUUCUAGUGCUUUGGGUGGGCAGUCUCACUUGGCAAUAAAAGAUGACAAGAAGCAUCACGAUGCAGAACACCACAGAGACAGAGAGCCAGGCACAACUAAUGCUCUGUUGGUCCCGGACAGCCUGCGAAGCACAGAUAAACGCAGGAAUGGGCCUGAAUAUGCCAAUGACAUCAAAAAGAGAAAGGUGGAUGAUAAGGAUUCCAGCCACUAUGACAGUGAUGGGGACAAGAGUGACGAUAACUUGGUUGUAGAUGUAUCCAAUGAGGAUCCAUCUUCCCCACGGGCAAGUCCUGCUCAUUCACCACAUGAAAAUGGUAUAGAUAAAAGCCGCCUGCUGAAGAAGGAUGCCUCUAGCAGUCCAGCAUCUACAGCCUCUUCAGGAAGUUCCACUUCCUUGAAAUCCAAAGAAAUGAGUUUGCGUGAAAAAGCCAGCACACCUGUUCUGAAAUCCAGCACACCAACUCCUCGAAGCGAUGUGCCAACCUUGGGCACUAGUGCAACUCCAGGACUUCGUCCAGGCCUUGGCAGGCCUCCAACAAUGGACCCUCUCGUUAAUCAAGCUGCUGCAGGUUUGCGAGCGCCUUUGGCAGUACCUGGACCGUACCCUGCUCCAUUUGGAAUGGUACCUCAUGCUGGCAUGAAUGGAGAGCUGACCAGUCCGGGGGCAGCCUAUGCCAGUCUGCACAAUAUGUCCCCCCAGAUGAGUGCUGCUGCAGCUGCUGUGGUUGCUUAUGGAAGAUCUCCUAUGGUUGGGUUUGAUCCUCUUCCUCACAUGAGAGUACCUGGAAUCCCUCAAAAUCUAGCAGGGAUUCCUGGGGGAAAACCAGCAUAUUCAUUUCAUGUAAGUGCAGAUGGUCAGAUGCAGCCUGUACCUUUCCCUCCCGAUGCCCUCAUUGGUCCAGGGAUCCCUCGCCAUGCCCGUCAGAUCAACACUCUGAACCAUGGGGAAGUCGUGUGUGCAGUUACCAUCAGCAACCCCACAAGACACGUGUACACAGGUGGGAAGGGGUGUGUCAAAGUCUGGGAUAUCAGCCACCCUGGCAACAAGAGCCCUGUCUCUCAACUGGACUGCCUGAACAGAGAUAACUACAUCCGGUCUUGUAAAUUGCUGCCUGAUGGAUGCACCCUGAUUGUUGGUGGGGAAGCCAGUACAUUAUCCAUAUGGGACCUUGCAGCACCAACUCCUCGUAUAAAAGCAGAGCUGACAUCUUCAGCCCCUGCCUGCUAUGCUCUGGCUAUCAGCCCUGACUCCAAGGUGUGCUUUUCCUGCUGUAGUGAUGGGAACAUUGCAGUGUGGGAUCUGCACAAUCAGACGUUGGUCAGGCAAUUCCAGGGCCACACAGACGGAGCCAGCUGUAUUGACAUUUCUAAUGAUGGCACCAAGCUCUGGACAGGAGGUUUGGACAACACUGUCAGAUCCUGGGACUUGAGAGAGGGGAGACAGCUACAACAGCACGACUUCACGUCACAGUCCAAAGAAUCUUCAUCAGUGCUUAGCUGUGACAUCUCUGUGGAUGAUAAAUACAUAGUCACUGGCUCUGGAGACAAAAAGGCUACAGUCUAUGAAGUUAUCUACUGA